GAAAUAAUAGCUGAAUUCUCGCUUGAUCUCCAAUAACUGAUGUUUUUUUAUAGAGUAUUAUAUACAAAUAUAGAUAUAUAGAUUUCUCUCUCUUCCCGUUGCUACAUAUAUACAUAUAUCUAUAAACAUCCCGUUUCUCUGUAGACAUUCCAAAUAUCCCAAACCCCAAGCAUGAUUCUGCUGCUUUCAUGUCUUUCUAUCUCUAACUCCUACUCCUCCCACACCACACCUUCUUCAAUCCCUACCUGUAGCUGAUAUUCUCCAGUUUCCUUUUUCUUUUGCAAAUUUUAGUCUAAUUGUACCGAAUCAUCUCCACAUGCAGCCUAUCAGCGGAGAAUUUGGCGCCAUGAACAACCUCAACGCGCUGCUUAACCAGCACCAAAUCUCAUCCCUGCACGAGCUCCACAGUCACGGCCAACUGCCGCAGAUGCUGCAGUCUGUUUCGCAGUUCGAUCCGGUCGCGUCGCACGACGAUUUUCUCGAGCAGAUGCUCUCCUCCGUGCCGUCCUCCGCCGCCUACCCAUGGGAGGACGACCACUCACAACAGCAGAUGGAGGAGCAUUCCGCCGCCGUUCUGGCGUCUAAGCUGAGGCAGCACCAGAUUAGCGGCGGCGCUGCUAAGGCGUUGAUGUUUCAGCAGCAAUUGUUGCUCUCCAGAGGCCUUGCCGCCGGUAAUGGCUGUCUCUGCUCCCCGACCGGAUCGGAUGGAGCUCUUCUUCCCAUGGCGCAAGGCCAUCAUAACGACGGUGUUGAUGGAAAUGGUUUCAAGUCGAUACAGGCAAAUGAUUUAUCCGUUAAAGCUUUAUUCAACGGAUUCACUGGAUCCCUUGGUCAAACCUCAAAUCAAUCGCAGCAUUUCCACCAUCCUCAGGACCAGAAUUAUGGUGCUGCCGGAACAGCUACACCGUCAACGGCAGCGCAGGCGAUGAAUCAACCUGCAGUGAGCGGUUCAAGCGGCGGAGGGGCUUCUGGACAGCCGCGGCAGAGGGUGAGGGCCAGGAGAGGACAGGCCACUGACCCUCACAGCAUCGCGGAAAGAUUACGGAGGGAGAGAAUUGCGGAAAGAAUGAAGGCACUGCAGGAGCUUGUACCCAACGCAAAUAAGACCGACAAAGCCUCGAUGCUGGAUGAGAUAAUCGACUAUGUCAAAUUCCUACAGCUCCAAGUCAAAGUUCUAAGCAUGAGCAGAUUGGGCGGUGCUUCAGCUGUUGCGCCAUUAGUUGCUGAUAUAUCUUCUGAGGGGAGGAGCAGUAACGGGACACAGACGGCGUCAUCAUCAAACAACAACGAGGGGAUGACGGUGACGGAGCACCAGGUGGCUAAGCUGAUGGAGGAGGACAUGGGCUCCGCCAUGCAGUAUCUUCAAGGAAAGGGGCUGUGUCUCAUGCCCAUUUCCCUCGCCACGGCCAUCUCCACCGCCACUUCUCACUCUAGGAACCCCCUCGCCGCCGCCAACAGCCUCAAAAUCAGCGGCAUCUCCGACGCUCGAGGCCCCACUUCGCCCAGCCUGUCUGUUUUGACCGUCCAGUCCGCCACCGUGGGGGGUAACCUUAACAGAGAACCGUCCCUUAAAGACGUUUCCAAGCCAUAGACAUUACCAACCACUCUCUCUCUCUCUCUCUCGCUCAUGACUUUUCUUCUGGGGCGAGAGAAAAAGUGGGGAAAGUGGAAAAGCGUAAAAAGACAGAAAAGGAAAAAAUGGAAAAUAAGAUUAUAGGGUUUGUAAUUUAGCUGACCUCUGUUUUUUAGCUGUCGACGGCCGUCAAGUCUACCAAAAUAAUGGUCGUCUCUUUAUAUAUUUAGUGAUUGUUGCUUUUCAGUAGUAGUAAAAAAAUAGUGUACGACACGGCGCCGUAUUUGGGUAGGACUUGAGCUAACUAACAAGCAAUGCAAAUCCCAUAUGCAUAAAUUUCCCGCGUUCUCUUCUUUUA